AUGGGGGAACUGAUGGCAUUCCUGUUACCUCUCAUCAUUGUGUUAAUGGUGAAGCGCAGCGAUUCCUGGACGCACUCUCUGAGAUAUUUUGGCCUGGGCAUUUCGGAUCCUGGCCAUGGGGUCCCUGAAUUUAUUUCAGUUGGGUAUGUGGACUCGCACCCUAUCACUACGUAUGACAGUGUCACUCGGCAGAAGGAGCCGCGGGCCCCAUGGAUGGCAGAGAAUCUCGCGCCUGAUCACUGGGAGAGGGGCACUCAGCUGCUGAGGGGCUUGCAGCAGACAUUCAAGGUGGAACUGAAGCGCCUGAAGAGGCACUACAAUCACUCAGGGUCUCACACUUACCAGGGAAUGACUGGCUGUGAGCUGCUGGAGGAUGGAAGCACCACAGGAUUUCUGCAGUAUGCAUAUGACGGGCAGGAUUUCCUGAUCUUCAGUAAAGACACCCUCUCCUGGCUGGCUGUAGAUAAUGUGGCUCACACCAUCAAGAGGGCAUGGGAGGCCAAUCAGCAUGAGUUGCAAUAUCAAAAGAAUUGGCUGGAAGAAGAAUGUAUUGCCUGGCUAAGGAGAUUCCUGGAGUAUGGCAAAGACACCCUACAGAGAACAGAGCCCCCACUGGUCAGAGUAAAUCGCAAAGAAACUUUUCCAGGAGUUACAACUCUCUUCUGCAAAGCUCAUGGCUUUUACCCCCCAGAAAUUUACAUGACAUGGAUGAAAAAUGGGGAAGAAAUUGUCCAAGAAAUGGAUUAUGGAGACAUUCUUCCCAGUGGGGAUGGAACCUAUCAGAUGUGGGCAUCAGUUGAGCUUGAUCCUCAGAGCAGCAACCUUUACUCCUGUCAUGUGGAGCACUGCGGUGUGCACAUGGUUCUUCAGGUCCCCCAGGAAUCGGAAACUAUCCCUCUUGUGAUGAAAGCUAUCUCUGGGUCCAUUGUUCUUGUCAUUGUGCUGGCUGGAGUUGGUGUUCUAGUCUGGAGAAGAAGGCCUUCAGAGCAAAAUGGAGCCAUCUACCUUCCCGCACCAGAUUGAUGAUUGCAGAUCCCUCUUUUCCAGUUCUCCUUCCUCUAGGAGCCAUGUUCUCCUCUGU